GGGGCCGCCCGCGCGUCACGUGACGCCCCGUCCCGCCAUGGCCGCCGUGCUGCGCCGCCUGCCCCGCGGCCCCGCCGCCCCGCCCGGCAGCGCGCGCUCCGCCGCCACCGCGGUGCCGCUGGCCCACGCGGAGGUGGGGGCAGGCGGGGCCCGGCCCCCCCUGGUGCUGCUCCACGGGCUCUUCGGCAGCCGCGGCAACUUCCAGACGGUGGCCAAGGCCCUGGCGCGCCGCGGCGGGGGCAAGGUGCUGACGCUGGACGCCCGGAACCAUGGCAGCAGCCCCCACAGCCCGCUGAUGACCUACGAAGCUAUGAGCCUGGAUGUGCAGCACCUCCUGACCCGCCUGGGCAUCACCAAGUGCAUCCUCCUAGGACACAGCAUGGGGGGCAAGACGGCCAUGGUGCUGGCCCUGCAGCGGCCAGACCUUGUGGAGCGCCUCAUCUCUGUAGAUAUUAGUCCUGUCUUAACCACACCUGUCUCCGAAUUCUCUGCCUACAUCUCUGCCAUGAAGUCUGUGAAGCUCCCGGAUGGGCUGUCACGCUCUGCAGCUCGCCAGCUGGCUGACGAUCAGCUGCGUCCGGUGGUCCAGCUCCCGCAGCUGAGACAGUUCCUCCUCACCAACCUGGUAGAGGUGGAAGGCCGCUAUGUCUGGCGAGUGAACCUGGAGGCUAUUUCCCACCACUUGGCAGAUAUCAUGAACUUCCCUGCCUUCCACAAGCCGUAUCCUGGCCCUGCGCUCUUCUUGGGGGGAUCCAACUCACCCUAUAUCAGCCCCAAAGACUACCCAGAGAUCCAGCGCCUCUUCCCCAAGGCGGAUGUCCAGUACAUUGAAGGUGCAGGCCACAUAGUCCAUCAGGAUAAAUUUGAAGAAUUCAUCACUGCUGUCCUCAAUUUCCUGCCACCACCAUAGCGCUGGGAACCAGGGUUUCUGCAAAGACGACAUGGGACCUGAGAAGUUCCAGGCAGUGACACAGGGCUCUGGGCUUUGUGAGGAGUUUGGCCUGGACUGGCUGCCUGCUGUGCAGUUUGAUCCUGCCUGUAGGAUCCCACCCCAGGUCUCCUGGAGCUGGAGCAGAGAGGGACCUCUGUCCUGCUGAGCUCUCCUGCCGCCUUGCAGGGACACAGGGUGACACCAGCCCAGGACACUGCCCUUGCUGUGCAGCCUGUCCUGCCUGUGCUGGAGUGCCUCAGACACUCGGAGGGGGCAGGAGAGCCCUGUUGUUUUCCUGCUGCCAGACUACCUGGUUGUGGAUCUGGCUGUGACUUUGCAGAACAUGCAAUAAAGUUGAAUACAUGCCAAGGCAGAAA